CACACACACACACACACUCCGGCAGCUCUGCUCCGUUAAUAAGCAUCCUAUGCUCUUCUGCUCAAGAUGGCGGUGCAGGCAGCGGAAAAAGACGGAAUAGUGUUGAAGAAUGUGGAGGACGACCACCUGAACGACUCGCUGGGGAACCCCGGCCUCAUCUCACCUGACAAGGAAAUCUCCCGCCUGCUGACGGUGCCGUUCAGUGGACGCAUCCGGGGAGGCAUGCGGCCAGGGAAGAAGAUUAUAGUGAUGGGCAUAGUCGAACUGGAGCCAGAGAGCUUUGACGUGAGCCUGACCUGUGGUCGUGACUCGGAGAAGGACGGCACUCUGCACGACGUGGCCCUCAAACUCACCGCCCGCUUCAAUGACCGUCAGUUCAUGCGCAGCGCCCGCAUCGCCGGGAAGUGGACCGCGGAGGAGGCGUCCACCGACUACUUUCCCUUCAUCCCCGAUCAGCCUUUUAGGAUUGAGAUCCACUGCGAGCACCAGAGGUUCCGGAUAUUCGUGGACGGACACCAGCUCUUUGACUUUUAUCACAAAGUAAAAUCGUUCACCUCCAUCGACACGGUACAGAUACAAGGAGAUCUACAGAUCACCAAGCUCGGUUAACAUCUCACUCUUCCUGCUCUGCAACUCGGUGUGUGAAGCAAGGACUAGUCCGGAGAUGAAUCCACACACGCAUACACACACACACACACACACACACACACACACACAUGUGCGCCUGUUACGUCAUCAUCCAUAACCCAUCAUGCAACACUGCAACAACUGGAAAAAUGGCUCCCACUUUGACAAGUUAGACAUCUUCAUUCUCUCCUUCCUAUUGAACCAGGAUCUGAUGCUUUUUAGGGUAAAUGUGUGUUCUCCUCAUAGCCCCAGUUUCUUCAGAUCAGGGACCUCAUGGUUUAUUAAUGGCGCAUUCAUUUUUGAUGUUGAGUCCUAUAGGGAUGCUGAGGUAGACACAGGUCUGGAGUGCUUUUAAGGAUGCAGCUUCUCAGGAAAACAUCUGUCUCUGAGCAGCUCAUAUUUUAUUUCUGAAACUGUAAGGCACGUAAGACUCUUCCAAACCCAUUUAGGAUUAUCUGGAAUAUGCAUUUUUAAAAAGUUGGAAAGAAAGUCACUGGUUAUAGAAUUUCUAUGCAGUAAAAUUCUGCAGUACUGGACCUGAGCAGUAUUAAGAUAUUCAACCUGAGCGUUGAUACAUUCCCACAAGGGCUGAAACAUGAUUUUCUUAUGAGAUAAAACUGCUUUAAAGCAAAUAUUGUGUCAGAUUUGACACUUUCUCAGAUUUGAAAUCACUCCAGCUGUGUUUAUUGUUGCGGUUUGCCUCUAAAACUCGAUCAUAGUUGUGCAGAGUAUUGCACCCUGUUUUUUUUUUUGGUGAGCUGGUGUGUUUCCAACUCCGAAGGCGCUCCCCUGCCCUCCCCUGGGUUUAUCCCUGUUGUCACGGUAACACGCUGCAGUCUCAGCGACCUAAAUACACCAAAAUGAGGAUUAUAUCAUAGACGGGAUACGGUACAGUACACUGCAUGUGUGUUGGUAGAUGUAGUGGUCACUGCAGCCAUCCCCCUGUAUGCUGGACAGGAAGUAGAUUCAUGACUGUUUACUUUAAAGGCAAGGAGAGAGGAGGAAAGGCUUUUAAAUGAGUUUGAGAUUUCUGCUGUCACACUCAGUUAUUUCAUGCAAAGCUUAUUUGAAUCAUACUCUAAAACCAAUAUGCAACUAAUUCACAUUAAAGAACACACACACAGUUUAGUGGAUAUUUAAAGAAGUUGCUGUCAAAGUGUGCAGGAGUUAAACUCAACUCAAACUUCAGUCACAUUAGGAGUCCGGUGUUUUUGGAAGCAGGAGCAGACCCUGGUGGUAUUUGAAUGUAUAGUAUUCAUAUAUAGUAGCAUAGAAGACACAGUAUAGUGAUGCACAACAUUAUAACUUACUGUCACAGUUUUUUGGUGGUACGCCCGGUGCUGUUAUAGUCAGUCCUACAGGAUGUGUUUUAAGUGUUUCCUGAAUCGUUUCACCUCAGUGGUGUGUCCACGCUCAGACAGACAGACGCUUUAAAGCAGGAAGCAGGAUUUCAGUCAUAGACAAUAAUGUCUCUAUAAUCUUUUCACUCUACACUCAAGUAUUUCCCUUCACUAAGUCUUAAAGGAAGUUAUAAUAACUCCACAGUAGUAGCAGAAGUUAUCUGCAACACUCACAGUACAGUAUUAGAAGCAUCCUGUCUUAAGGUGCUUGGUUUACGCCUCCUACAGUAUCAACAUUCACUAUGACCUGUAAGGUUUUACACAAAGUAGAAAUAGGUAAGGAUUUCACUGCAUCGACUUAGAAAGGGUUUAUGAGAUAUAACAUAUUGCUUUACUUAUGGAUAGUAAGACUUAAAAUUCAGUUAUAGGCCAUUGAUGAAAACAGCUUUUGGUCUAAAGCAGGGGUGUCAAACUCAAGGCCCGGGGGCCAAAUCCGGCCCGCGACUUCAUUUCAUGUGGCCCCAC